AUGCGUUACUCUUCCGCCCUGGUGUUGAGCACCAUUGUUGUUGGCCAAGCUACCGCCGCCAACCUCCACAACCGUCACGCCAGCUUCCAUGCUCGCCGUCAAGCUGAGGCCAAGCGUUCCGUUGAUACCAGCAACGUCGACUGGAGCAAGGUCGCCUACCAACUGGGCGACGUCGACUGGGACAAGGUCUUCGCAACUCCUUCUCCCAAGCCAGCAGAGCCUGUUGCUGAGGCCAAGCAAGUCGAGGCUGCAGCAGCCCCUACCUACCCCUCGUCCUCCGCUCCCGCUGAGGAGAAGAAGCCUUCUCCUACUCCCACUCCAACUCCUACCUCCACCCCUACUCCUUCUCCCUCCUCGGCUCCCGCCGACGACAAGAAGGAUCCUAUCGGUGAUCUCCUCGACAACGUAGGCGACUCCAUCAACGACAUUGUCGGUGACGUCUUGAACGGACUCCAGUCUAUGAUCACCAGCAUUGGCGCAAAGACCGGAAAGAACCCCAAGAGCAACCAGAACGGUAUCUGGCUCGGUAAGGACAGCAAGUGGAGGACCCAGUUCACCAACGACAACAACAAGGAUGCUAUCCUCUUCUGCUGGAGGUCCAACGACUUCAAGAACAUGUGCAUCAACGAGAUGCAGCCUGAGAUCUCCGUUGGCCUCAAGUCUGGCGAGUCCGUCGAUAUCUCCUUCGAGGAGAACGCUUCCGCCGCUUGCGCACCAGUCUUCCCUGACACUAAGCUGGCCAUGUUCGGUGGUGUUGACAACACUUGGUUCGAGGUCACCUUCGGCCCAACUGGUGCUUUCGAUGUUUCCCGCAACAUCAACAUGAACGGUAGCAACAUCUCUGCCAAGGGCUCCAAGUGCACAUCAGACAUGAACACUUGCGUCUUCAAGUGCAAGAACGGCAUGAACACUUGCGAGAAGGGUACCGACUACGACCUCUUCAACUGCGACUCUGGCAACGGUGGUGGCGGCGGCUACGACCCAAUCAUGGCCGGUACCGGUGGUGGUUGCUCCAUGGGCCAGAACGGCGAAGUCAUCAAGGUUGUCCUUUCAUAA